AUGUCGGCUCCAGGUGGGAUUGAUGGUGAAAAAACUGCCAAGAUCCAGCAGCGACGCAACGAAUUGCAGACGAUAGUCGAAAAAAUUGGCGAGAUUGAGAGCGACGCGGACGAGCAUCGCCUUGUUGUCAAAACGCUAGCAGAAGUAUACGAGCGUGAACCAGAACGCACAUGCUUCCGUCUCGUUGGUGGUGUACUUGUGGAACGCACGGUCAAAGAUGUGCUCAGCACACUCCAAACGACCAUGGACGGUCUCACCAAGGUACUGCUUGAGCUUGUCAAGCAGUACAAGCUGAAGGAAAAGGAACUAUUGGAUUUUCAGCGUGACAUUGAAUAA